GCCCCGCGAGGCUGAAACGCUCUCUCCCGGCAUGCAGCGGGAGGAGGGAUUUAACACCAAGAUGGCGGACGGCCCGGAUGAGUACGAUACCGAAACGGGCUGCGUGCCCCUUCUCCACCCGGAGGAAAUCAAACCACAGAGCCAUUAUAACCAUGGCUAUGGUGAACCUCUUGGGCGGAAAACUCAUAUUGAUGACUAUAGCACAUGGGACAUCGUCAAGGCUACACAAUACGGGAUAUAUGAACGCUGCCGAGAAUUGGUGGAAGCAGGUUACGAUGUACGGCAACCAGACAAAGAAAAUGUUACACUUCUUCAUUGGGCUGCCAUCAAUAACCGAAUAGAUUUAGUCAAAUACUAUAUUUCGAAAGGUGCUAUUGUGGAUCAACUUGGAGGAGACCUGAAUUCAACUCCAUUGCACUGGGCCACAAGACAAGGCCAUUUAUCCAUGGUUGUACAGCUAAUGAAAUAUGGUGCAGAUCCCUCAUUAAUUGAUGGGGAAGGAUGCAGCUGUAUCCACCUGGCCGCUCAGUUUGGACAUACCUCAAUUGUUGCUUAUCUUAUAGCAAAAGGACAGGAUGUAGAUAUGAUGGAUCAGAACGGAAUGACACCUUUAAUGUGGGCAGCUUAUAGAACACAUAGUGUGGAUCCAACUAGAUUGCUUUUAACAUUCAAUGUUUCAGUUAACCUUGGUGACAAGUAUCACAAAAACACUGCUCUGCACUGGGCAGUCCUAGCAGGGAACACCACAGUCAUUAGUCUUCUUCUGGAAGCUGGAGGGAACGUGGAUUCCCAGAACGUCAAGGGUGAAUCAGCACUUGAUUUGGCAAAGCAAAGAAAAAAUGUGUGGAUGAUCAACCAUUUGCAGGAGGCAAGGCAAGCAAAAGGGUACGACAACCCACCCUUCCUUAGAAAGCUGAAGGCUGACAAGGAAUUUCGGCAGAAAGUCAUGCUAGGAACUCCAUUCCUAGUGAUUUGGCUGGUUGGGUUUAUAGCAGACCUAAACAUUGAUUCUUGGCUCAUUAAAGGGUUAAUGUAUGGUGGCGUUUGGGCUACAGUACAAUUUCUUUCCAAGUCCUUUUUUGAUCAUUCAAUGCACAGUGCAUUGCCCCUUGGGAUAUAUUUGGCAACCAAAUUCUGGAUGUAUGUGACAUGGUUCUUUUGGUUUUGGAAUGAUCUCAACUUCCUAUUCAUCCACCUCCCCUUCCUUGCCAACAGUGUUGCUCUUUUCUACAAUUUUGGGAAGUCUUGGAAAUCAGAUCCAGGGAUUAUUAAAGCUACAGAAGAACAAAAGAAAAAGACAAUAGUUGAACUUGCAGAGACUGGAAGUCUGGACCUUAGUAUAUUCUGCAGUACCUGCUUGAUUCGGAAGCCCGUGAGGUCCAAACACUGUGGUGUGUGCAACCGCUGUAUAGCGAAAUUUGAUCACCAUUGCCCAUGGGUGGGUAACUGUGUAGGUGCAGGCAACCAUAGAUACUUUAUGGGCUACCUAUUCUUCUUGCUUUUUAUGAUCUGCUGGAUGAUUUAUGGUUGUGUCUCUUACUGGGGACUUCACUGUGAGACCAGUUACACAAAGGAUGGGUUUUGGACAUACAUCACUCAGAUUGCCACAUGCUCCCCUUGGAUGUUUUGGAUGUUUCUGAACAGUGUCUUUCAUUUCAUGUGGGUGGCCGUGUUACUCAUGUGUCAGAUGUACCAGAUAACAUGUUUAGGUAUCACUACAAAUGAAAGAAUGAACGCCAGGAGAUACAAGCACUUUAAAGUUACAACAACAUCUAUUGAAAGCCCAUUCAACCAUGGAUGUGUAAGGAAUAUUAUAGACUUCUUUGAAUUUCGAUGCUGUGGCCUCUUUCGUCCUGUUAUCGUGGACUGGACCAGGCAGUACACUAUAGAAUAUGACCAAAUAUCAGGAUCUGGGUACCAGCUUGUGUAACAGCGUCUGUAUGCCAGAAAACAAUGUUGCUGAGUGGUGCCUGAAGAUUGUGUCUGUCCCUGUCUCUCUCCCUGGAAUCCACAUCCUUGGAACAAAUAGCAUGCUAUCUGUAGGGCUAACCGUGAACUUUACAGCCUUUGUUCAGAACUUUUAUUAACAAAAGCAAACAUGGACAGAACACACUGCCGCGUCUAGGAAGAAGAGGUCAUAAAGAGAAUUUUCACGGUUCUUAGUGUUUGAAUUCAUAUCAUACUCAACUUUUUGGUUUUGUUCUCAUAACAUUCUUUAUGAAAAAGGGAACUUAUUCUGUUACUAGAGAUGGCAUACCGAGGAUAAAUGUUGGUAUAACAAAAACUAAAUUUAUGUUAUACAGCUAUAGUAUAUUAUGCAGUACUUAAGAGUAUUGCAUUUAAUUCCAAGAAAAUUGUCUUAAAUCGAUGACUAGUAUUAUGUACAUUUUAGAUGUACAUGUAAAUACUGUGAUGAAAAUCAUGUGGUUUCAUUAGAGGUCUACUGUACUGUGCCCCAAAGGCACGGAAAAAUAAUGUUCAUGGAAGCGUGCUCGCUCUUCUGUUGCCACCAGCUCUCGGAAUGCUGGUUUAUUUCUAGUUCAGUGAAAUAAUUUCUAGUAACCUUGCUCUGAGGUCUCACGGUCUGAUAAUAAAGCGCUUGCAUGAGUAUACUAAGUCAUAAUAUUUUGUUGAAAUUUAAAGCCCUACUAAGUGCAUGAUACACUGCAUAGAAUGUACACUAGCAGAUACUGCCCAGUGAAGCAUAAAUUAGCAUUUACUUUCAUGUGCAAAACAGCCCAAGUUUUUAAAGAGUUACGGUGGAUUUUCAACAAGAAGCAAAACAAAUAAGCUAAUGCAAAAUGCUUUAUUAAUAGACAUGAGUGGAUAUGCUUUUUAAAUUCUGAGCUGAAAAAUAAAUUGUAGACAAAAUAAUGGAGUCUAGGCUAAAGAUGGCGCCUGACCUCUGUACAUAGCACAUGUGGAUGAAUGAAAGGCUAACGGAAUAUUCUUUUUUUUUAAAAUGACCUGUCAGAAAGUGCAAUUUAAACCCCAGGGUUGUUUCAAUUUUUCCAAUAUGGAAUAUGUUUUGAAGUUGGUAACACUUUCUGAAGCCUUCUCAGAUCUUACUGUUAAACGUGACACACUGAUCACGUUCUGUUGCCGCGUUUCCACACCUCAGGAUUGAUUUGUCACUGCUUCCAUGAAUAUUGUUUACAGGGAGACUCUGGUUAGCCCUCAUACAUGCUCUAGCAAACUGUGGUUCGCAACCUGUGGGAGGGGCUGGGGGCGGGGUCAGACUGACAUCCUAGACCAGUGUAAAGAAUGUGUAUCUGUAUAUAAAUAAUUUAUCAAAUAGUUUUCUCUGUGUCUAUAUGUAUUAGUGUUUUUAAAGCUGCUCAUUUCAUUUUGUCCAACCAAAAAGAAAAGGGAGAUAUUAAUGAGCUUCUAGUGAUGUUGAAUAUUGCUGUUAAUAGGCACUAUCCCCUGCAAGUUCACUGCAUGUCCAGUGCUAGGUAAAAUUAGUAUUCCCUGUAAAAUGCUGGUUACAGGUAUUAAAGCAAUCUAGUGGUACACCCGCCCUGCCUUAGGAAGAGGAGCAGCGGACACGUACAUAGUUGAUGCUCAGUAUUUCCAAGUACUACCAUUUUAUAGUAAUCUCUGUGACCAUACGUCACCCCCACAAAAUACCCUUAUUGUACUUGAGGGUUUUAAUAUUAGAAUUGGCAUACGUACUUUAUUUUUGAAAAGGGAAGAGAUGGGUGUGGGGUGGUAAUAGCAUUGUAUCAUUUUGUCAUAGAAUGUAAAAAAUUGGUCAACUGUACAAAUGUCUGCUAGUUUUGGCUAUUAAUGGGGGGAAAUUUUAGGUAAUUUUUAAAUUCAAAGUUUAUAAAAUGCUAGGAUUUGUUUUAAUUUUAUAUUUCGAGUCACUUCACAGGAAGACUCAGUUGCAAUUUUUAUCAGAUACAUUUUUAUCAACAGUUAAAGACUAUGGUGGUUUUCUCAGUUUGAGUAAGAAUGUUGUUACCAUGUUCUUUCUUUGUGGUACAGUAUUCUUUCAUUGCAAGAGAUGCUUCUCAGUAAAGCAGACAAGCCCCUGUAGAUGUGUGACCUCAUGGAAGAUAUGUGCACGGAGCUUUCCGGACUGACUCAAUCUGCAGGAUUGUCAGGGGGUCUCCAGGCAACUGUGCAGCAUGUUUCCUUACUCUGUAGGACUUGUGUGUAGGCCAGUUGAAUCCAGUCCUCAGGCUGUUGGAAGGGUUCCCCUUGAGGGAUGGUUCUUACUGCUCAGAUGGAUUCCUUCACGAAGUAGGGACUGAGUGCUUUGGAGUUUUUCCAUACAUAUUUUUGUUGUUUGUAGGAGUUUAUUUUAAAUACUAGGCAUAAAGAAGCAUCCUACUUAAGCUAUGAAUGUUUUUGUUUUAUAUUUUCUUUAUUUAUAACUGUGCCAAGUAUUAUUCUGCUACUUACUGUGUUACUCUGUGGAAAGAAAACCUUGUAAAGUGUUUAAUAAACCAGUCCUCCUUACAUAAUUUAAACCUGUCAAAAUUUUGUAAAAUAUUAAUCAAAAUAAAUAUUGACUCUUAAAUGUGCUGUUUGCUCAGUUCACUUAGAAGAAAUAGAUAAAACUGUGAGAUGAAGAUUCUGUAGUUCUGUUUUGAUCAAAUUGAAGUCAAGUGCAGGAUUUAUAAGGAUUUGCAAAACUGUUGGUAUUCUAAAAUUUCAAAUUCCCUGAUUGUGCAUAAAUAUUUUUCAAUAAAAAGACAACCUUUUUUCUUAGUA